AUGACGAGUCGCGCGCUCGCCGCCCGCGAAAUCGACGCCGCCCUUGACGCCAUCGACGACGCGCGGGCGAACGUCUCGAGACUCGUCGACGCGCUGAGCACGGCUGCGAAGCAAUCAGAAUCUUCAACCGGUCACGACCUCGAUCGUUUAAUCCGCGCGUGCGCUCGCGACGCGGCGUCGAUCGACGCGCUCGCGACGUCGGCGACGCAUGAGGUGAACGCGGUGUUGACGACGACGCGGGAGACGACGGAUCGAAAGGAUGCGCUCGGGGAUCGGAUUCGAGCGGGCGCGCGAGGCGGGACGCUGGAGACGCGCGUGGACGAAGCGAACGGCGAAACGAUCGUAACGGCGAUCGCACCGCGAGCUUUUGUUAUCGAAUGGGCACUGAGCGCACCCGAGGAUCCGGGGCGCAUGAAGUCGCGGUCGACGGAUGGUUUAACGACGCACGCGCAUAACGCGCUGGGCGAUCGCCUGCGCGAGGUAGCGAGCGAGGCGAGGGGAGGAGAAAAGGGUAGCGCAAAAGACGAGGACGUGGCGGUGAAGAUGUUGGAGUGGUUGGAAACGAUGCACGACGUGUUCACACGACCGGAUGAGUUGAGCGGUGGGUGUGUGCUCGCGGCGGAUCGAACUCGUGGCGGCGUGCUCAUUCCUGGGCGGUUGCUCCCAGGUAGGCCGAAGUAG